CCGGGACUCAACAUGCGCGGCUCGGCGGGAGGCGUCUGGCUGGCGCUGGCCGCGUCGCUCCUGCACGUGUCCCUGCAAGGCGAGUUCCAGAGGAAGCUCUACAAGGAGCUGGUCAAGAACUACAACCCCUUGGAGAGGCCCGUGGCCAACGACUCCCAGCCGCUCACUGUCUACUUCUCCCUGAGCCUUCUGCAGAUCAUGGACGUGGAUGAGAAGAACCAAGUUUUAACCACCAAUAUUUGGCUGCAGAUGUCUUGGACAGAUCACUAUUUGCAAUGGAAUAUGUCAGAAUAUCCAGGCGUGACGACUGUUCGUUUCCCAGAUGGCCAGAUUUGGAAACCAGACAUUCUUCUUUAUAACAGCAAUUGUGAUCAACAGCAGAAGGUGCUGGCCCAUGGGAUGUAUAGCUGGAGUCCACAGUUGGGACCCACGUCCUCAUUUGAACAUUCCCCAUUGUGCUUUGGCGAGUUCUGCAGCAAAGGUGGCUGCAGUGCUGACGAGCGAUUUGACGCCACGUUCCACACCAAUGUCUUGGUGAAUUCUUCUGGGCACUGCCAGUAUCUCCCCCCAGGCAUAUUCAAGAGCUCCUGCUACAUCGACGUGCGCUGGUUUCCCUUUGAUAUGCAGCAGUGCAAACUGAAGUUUGGGUCCUGGUCUUACGGAGGCUGGUCAUUGGAUCUGCAGAUGCAGGAGGCAGAUAUCAGUAGCUACAUCCCAAACGGAGAGUGGGAUCUCGUGGGGAUCCCCGGAAAGAGGAACGAGAAGUUCUAUGAGUGCUGCAAAGAACCGUACCCAGAUGUCACCUUCACAGUGACCAUGCGCCGCAGGACCCUCUACUAUGGCCUCAACCUGCUCAUCCCCUGUGUGCUCAUCUCCGCCCUCGCCCUGCUGGUGUUCCUGCUCCCCGCAGACUCCGGGGAGAAGAUCUCUCUGGGGAUAACAGUUUUGCUCUCUCUCACUGUCUUCAUGCUGCUUGUGGCUGAGAUCAUGCCAGCAACAUCUGAUUCCGUGCCAUUGAUAGCCCAGUACUUCGCCAGCACCAUGAUCAUCGUGGGCCUCUCUGUGGUGGUGACAGUGAUUGUGCUGCAGUACCACCACCACGACCCCGACGGGGGCAAGAUGCCCAAGUGGACCAGAGUCAUCCUUUUGAACUGGUGUGCAUGGUUCCUGCGCAUGAAACGGCCCGGGGAAGACAAGGUCCGCCCAGCGUGCCAACACAAGCAGCGCCGCUGCAGCCUGGCCAGUGUGGAGAUGAGCACCGUGGCGGCGCCGCCAGCCAGCAAUGGGAACCUGCUGUACAUUGGCUUCCGAGGCCUGGAUGGCAUGCACUGUGCCCCGACCCCCGACUCUGGGGUUGUGUGUGGCCGCAUGGCCUGCUCUCCCACACAUGAUGAACACCUCCUGCAUGGCGGGCAUCCCCCCGAGGGCGACCCGGACCUGGCCAAGAUCCUGGAGGAGGUCCGUUACAUCGCUAACCGCUUCCGCUGCCAGGAUGAGAGCGAGGCGGUCUGCAGCGAGUGGAAGUUCGCGGCAUGUGUGGUGGACCGCCUGUGCCUCAUGGCCUUUUCCAUCUUCACCAUCAUCUGCACCAUCGGCAUCCUGAUGUCUGCUCCAAACUUUGUCGAGGCUGUGUCCAAAGACUUCGCAUAACUUCACCUGGUUCUGGACGCGCUAGAAACACAUAGAUAGGCAGAGUCUCUUUGGCUUGGCGAGAAUUUGGGGUGCUAAUCCCUCAGCAGCAUUAAACUCGGCAAUGCCAAUGUACCUUGUAGCUGUCAAUCAUGUUGGUUAUGGUUUCCUUGUUACUUUCGGUAAUGGGAUCUCAGCACCUUUUGUUUAAUUCUCUUAGGUGGGCUAAUCGAUACCCUUGGCACAUCCUUAUGGUCAGCCAGCAAGGCCACUGAGAGGUCGUUUUGCCCAUUUGCCCACUUCCUGGAGAGCCCUUCAGAGAGGUCCUGGUAGCUCCUGACUGCUAGGGGAAGCCUGUACAGUUGGUUUUGCAUGCCUGCAUGUCACUUGCCAUGAAGGUCUACAUGAAAAUUCAACCUAUGCUUUUGCCUGUGUACAAACCUAGAUUGAAACUAAUAAUAAUAAUAAACCAAACUCACUAAAUCCAUUCAAAUAAUUGACUGAUGAAAGGA